AUGACACCUGAGCCCUGGAAGCAAGCCCUCCAAUUCCCCCCGAUCCACCAACACGAAGCCAAUAUAAACUAUGAGCUCCAGUACACCCGUUGGCUGCUCACAGCCCUCGGGGUCUGGCCGAUGAUAACAAACGACGUGACGAGACGAGCGAAAAUCUCCUCAAUCCUCCUCGUCGGCCUCAGCCUUCUCGCAAUAGCCUUCAUCCUCGUCCCCAUCACAGUCUUCAUGUUCGUGAAGAUGAAGACACUUCGAACUCGCCUCGGCUUCAUCGGCCCCAUAGGAUUCCGCAUCUCGAACAUGUGCAAAAUCAUCAUGAUGAUGUAUCGCAGCGGUGUCAUCAGGGAAUGCAUCAGCCAAGUCAAGUCCGACUGGUCGGCAGUGACGAUCAGAGAUGACGAGGAUGCCAUGGUCCAGAGUGUGAUCCUGGGACGCAGUCUGACGAUCGUGUGUGGAAUUUUCAUGCUCUCCGGGGGUGUUUUCUUUCACAUCAUCAUGCCCCUCCUCAAGCCGAGAAAAGUGAAUGCCUUCAACGUGACAAUCAGACCGCACGCCUAUCCUGGCUACGACUUCUUCGUCGACUCGCAGGCAACUCCGGCUUAUGAAAUCAUAUUCAGCGCUCAUUUUUUGUGCGCUACUAGUGGCUACGUCGUUGUCACUGCAUCGUGUAAUCUGGCUGCUGUGUUUGUCUCUCAUAUUUCGGGACAGGUGCAAGUUAUCAAGCUGAAAUUAGCGAGGGUUCAGCAAGAUGACGGCGGAAAGGCCGGGGAUUUGAGUCGGCAGAUUGCUUCGAUCGUUAAAUCCCAUGUGAGAAUACUAAAAUUCUCCGAUAAAAUAAAGAUGGUGUUUCGUGAAAUAUGUUUGGUAGAGGUGGUGCUGUCAACCAUCGUCAUCUGCUGGCUAGAGUUCUAUUGUAUAACGGAAUGGAAGAACAGCGCGACUAUAUCCAUAGUCGGGUAUUGCGUGAUUCUCGGAUCAUUUUCAUUCAAUGUUUUCAUCUACUGUUAUAUCGGACAAAUAUUAACGGAUCAGUGCGAGUCUGUCGGGCAAAUGGCCUAUAUGAUCGAUUGGCAUCGCAUUCCACCGAGAAAUGUAUUGUCCCUCAGCAUGAUCAUCUCAAUGGCGAGAUAUCCGAGGCACAUAACAGCGGGCGGCAUGAUAAACCUCACGAUUCGAAGUUUUGGAGAUGUCAUGAAGACUUCUGUUGCCUACUUAAAUGUGCUGACCGCUGUUGCCGCAUGA